CGCCCAACCAGGAAGUAAAUCACACAAGUCCUGGUGGACGUCUCAAUCAACAGUGCCAAUGCAAGUGUACUCGAAUGAAAAACUGCUUACUUAUUGAGAUCGCUUCUUUUUAAACGAUGUAAUUCUUUGAACGAUUCGUUUGGCGCGAAUGCUGCUGCUGUAUUUGCAUUGCUUUCAACAUUAAUAAACGCUGCAACAAGGAACGCGGGUAACUUGAACUACACAGCUGUUAUUUUAAAUCCUUACCGCGAUAUCUUACGUUUAUUAGUAUGCAGCAUGUUGGCUUCUGUCGAUUUACUUAAGUAAGUUAGCGUUACGCGAAACAAAUGGAUCUCGAGUCACGCGGAAUAACCAUGUAACGUAUAAAGAAACGCAAAUAAAGAAACACGUCUGAAAUGUCGUCGGACCGGUUGACAUGGACGCUGACAGGAGCUACAGUUGCCGGUGUUUUAGCGCUGUAUGUUCCCUGUGCUCCCCGUACUGUGCCCGGUGGAGACUCAGGAGAGUUGAUGACUGCUGCAUGUGAGCUGGGGGUGGCCCAUCCUCCAGGAUACCCCCUCUUUACUGUGAUCUCUUCUCUGAUGCUUUCACUGCUACCCUUCAGUUCUCCGGCACACACUAUCAAUGUCCUGUGUGCUGUUUUUGGUGCUGGGGCUAGCGGUGCCCUCUGCUUCACUGUCUGCAGGGUGUCGGGACCCGGUCCAGGGGCUAUCUUGGCAAGUGGACUGUUUGCAGUGUCCAGGCUGGUAUGGCAGUGGUCAAUAAUGGUUGAAGUCUUCUCUCUUAAUAACCUGUUUGUGGGCGCCCUGUUUUCCCUCUCUGCAUCUUUCCACUGUGCAGAAAGUGUUAAUCAGAAGAAGAAGUUUGCUCUAUGGGGGGCGCUGUGCUGUGGUUUGAGCCUGUGUAACCAGCACACACUGAUCUUAUAUGUUAUUGUCAUAAUUCCCUGGGCCCUCCUGGACCUAUACUUUCAUAAUGGUUUGUCCUUCUCUGAUCUUGUGUCUUUGGGGACGUGUUUCCUGGCUGGCUUUGUGCCCUACAUCUACCUGCCCAUUUCCUCUUAUCUGAACAGAGCUCGCUGGAGCUGGGGAGACCAGACGUCACUUAGUGGUUUGCUCAAACACGUCCUCAGAACCGAAUAUGGCACAUUCAGUCUGGCAAAAACAGAAGCAAAUGUGGACCUUAUGAAGAUGUUAAAGGCCCAGUGGGAUCACUGUGUGAAUGAUCUGUCUAUUCCAGUGCUAGCGUUGGCAGUGCUAAGCGUUCUCCUUUCUUUGAGGAACAGGGGGCGCUGUGUUUUUGUUUGGUUAAUACUCAUUAUGGUUAGCAUCUACUCUAUGUUCUUUGCCUGGAGAGCGAAUCUGGACAUUGAGAAACCACUGCUACUGGGGGUGGUGGAGCGGUUUUGGCUGCAGGCUGAUGCAGGGUUAUGUGUCCUCGCUGGUUUGGGUCUGAGCUGGAGCUUGUGUUGGCUGAACAGACACCUUGACUGGGGUGUGAUAUGGAACACAGGGGCCUGGAUUCUUACUGCAGGCCUUAUAUCACACAUGAUCAGUUUAAACUAUAGAGAGUGUGAUCAAAGCGGCAAUGACGUUGUGGACAGAUUUGGUCGAGAAGUUGUGUUCUCAUUGCCGGAAGGAUCUCUGGUGCUGACGCGAGGUGAUCUCCCCGGCAACACGCUGCGUUACCUCCAUUACUGCCAGGGUCUCCGGCCAGACCUCAGCCUUGUUGACCAGGAGAUGAUGACGUAUGGCUGGUACGUGGAGAAACUCCAGAAACAUCUUCCCAGAGUAAAUUUUCCCGGACGCUGGUGGGACCCCAUCAACAGUGCCGAAAAGAAAACAUUCAGUAUUGAAGAGUUUCUCAAGCACAAUAUGAACAGGCCUGUAUUCGUGUGUAUCGGUCUAACCGAGGGCGACCCCAGCUGGGAGAGGAGCUUCUCUCGUUGGCCCUGGGGCGUCUGUGAGCAGCUGGUACCCGUCAAGACCCCAUUUGACCCUGAGAAAUGGGCCCAGCGCACACUGCACCUCUACAACUGGAGCGAGGCACACGACAGCUUUCAUCUCGGUUCCUGGGAGAGAGUUGCGAAUGAAGAGAUGUGGCAGGCCAGGAUGAAAACGGCCUUCUUCCUAUUUGACCUGGCUGAGAAGAUGGAGAGAGAACCACAGGCUCGUCUAUACGAGCUCUCUUAUAAUCUGUACUGUCAAAUAGUGGAUGCCCAGGUAGACUAUCCAGCCAACUGGGAUAAAAACCUAGCUCUAGCUGCAGAGCGUUUAUUGCGCUCAGGGGGCGGAAGUUACGGUCCAGACACCCUUCUGAGUCGCAGCAUCCUCCACUUUACUCGGUACCUGCAGAAAGAACCAACUGACACCCAAAGCAAAGCCAUCCGCUCGGCCAUCUCACACCUCAGGAAAGAGAGAGACAGACUCAGAGAACGACAAAAGGUCUGAGA